CUUGAACUGACCAUGAUGGCACCGUGGUCUAACGUUCACAACGCUGUACUCUCAUCAAACGUCAUCAUGGAGGAAAUGCUGAAGAAAAUGGAGGGUAAAUGGAAGCUUGAUCGAAGCGAGAACUUCGAGGGUUUCAUGAAGGAAAUGGGAAUGAACGUGCUGGUGCGCAAAAUGGCGGGUUCGAGCAAACCGGAACAAGACAUAAAACUCGAUGGAGACUAUCUGUGUGUGACCACAAUCACGGGGUUCUGGAACAGUGAACAAAAGAUCAAGUUGAACAGUGAUUAUGAGCAUGUGCAGGACAAAGUACACAUGAAGUGCAGCUGUAAAUGGGAGGACGGAAAGCUUGUGGUGAACCAGGCACCGACUGACCCCGCUGCUAAAAUCAAACCUCAGACUAUCUACAGGGAGGUCACAGAUGACGACGAGAUGCUAACGACAAUACAUAUCGGAGACGUUGUCUGCAAGCGAUGGUUCAAACGACUUACAUAACACGGUGGUCUUCAGAUAUUAACAAAAAGACAUAAAAAUCCAGAUGUUAUUUUUCUUGCUGCGCACAUGAUGGCUGACUGGCUGAUACAUUGUUUUUGGGGACGUUUUUCUUUGCACAGAAUUUCAACGUUUGAAAAUAGACUACAGUCCAUUUGUUCUUGACAAGGAAUUACCAUUAUAUUAUGCUAUAUAUAAGUAUGCCCAGAGUGUUACCUCUCACACGCACCUCUCUCUGUAAAUAUAUGUUUACAUGAAAAACUGAUGGACAGGCUUCUGUGAUGGUACAUUUACAUGUAGCUAGGAAAAGGGGGCGCCAGCUGACCCAGGAAGUAAAUGGCUUCUACCGGAAGCCGACCACUGGAUCACGUGUUUGAAUCUUGAUUUGCGUCCGAAGAUUUGUCACUGUCGGUUACCUGGAGACACGCAAUGGAUUGAA